AUGGAUUCUCCAGAUUGUGCGGCCAAAUUUUCUGGACUUGAUAAAUUUAUUGAUCACAUUAAAUUAGGUCGUUCUGCCGGGUCGCACGAAUUGGCCAAAAAGACAGUUGUUUUCUUACAAGAUUAUCUACUCACAGCAAAUUAUGACAAUGUCAGAAAUGUCAUUGAAGAUGUUACCUGUAUGGGAAAAAUUCUCGUCAAAGUUAAUCCUACUGAAACUGUAGUUGGAAACAUGAUAAAACGAGUAUUAAAAAUUAUUCGCGAUGAAUACAACCACUGCAAGGGCACUAGUGAUUUGGAAGAGACUUUGCAAACUAUAGUCGGCACUACGACGAGUAAUCUAAGCGAGUUUGAUGAUCAAGUUCAGGCUGACGACAUCAAAGAUUCCAUUUGCCUUGCCAUCA